CAGACCAACACACAGCAACAUGAUGCUCUGCAUUGGAAUCCUUUUCUCUUUGUCCUGCGGCCGUUUGGCUCAGGACUCACAGAGCCUCGGGGGGGUCGGACCGGGGCCCCGCCUGGCUCCUGGCCGGGCCCGGCAGGGGGCCGCCCCGGCCGGCCCGGCCCAGGAGAAGCAGGCCCUCCUGCAGCCGCUGGCCUGGAGGUUCCCUGAGCCCCCGGCCGAGGAGGAGCCCCGCCUCCCCCCGCAGUUCGAGCUGCGGCGUCCCGUCCCGGCCGACAGCGUGAGCGUCCACUGCGGCGAAACCUCUGUCCGGGUGGAGGCCAGGAGGGACCUGCUGGGCAUCGGCCAGCCCGUCUCGCCCGAGGAUGUGACGCUGGGUGGCUGUCCCGCCACAGGAGAGGACACCGAGGCUCAGACUCUGGUGUUUGAGUCGGAGCUGCACGGCUGCGGCAGCCGGCUGACGAUGUCUGCAGACUGGUUCUCCUACGAGUUCUCGCUGCUCUACACGCCGAGGCCUCUGGGAAACAGCCCCAUCGUCCGGACCAGAGAGGCAGCCGUCGGCGUCGAGUGUCGCUACCAGAGGAGGCACAGUGUGAGCAGCGAGGGGCUCAGGCCCUCCUGGGUGCCGCUGGUCGCCUCCGAGGCCUCAGAGGGGAAGCUGCUGUUCUCCCUCAGACUCAUGACCGACGACUGGCGCUCUGCGAGGCCGUCCUCUCUCUUCCUGCUGGGGGAGCUGAUGAGGCUGGAGGCAGCGGUGCAGCAGCGUCAUCACGCGGCGCUCUCGCUCUUCGUGGACGCCUGCGUGGCCACGCAGACCCCCAACGCCAACACCGUCCCACGCUACGCCUUCCUGGGCAACCACGGGUGUCUGCUGGAUGGGAAGCUGACGGGCUCCAGUUCUCACUUCCUGCCCCGGGCCGAGGGGUCCCGGGCCGAGGGGUCCCGGGCCGAGGGGUCCCGGGCUGAGGGGUCCCGGGCCGAGGGGUCCCGGGCUGAGGGGUCCUGGGCUGAGGGGCCCCGGCUGCGCUUCCAGGUGGAGGCGUUCAGGUUCCAGCAGGACGACAGAGGACAGAUCUACAUCACCUGUCAGCUGAGAGCGGCGGCUGCUGCUCCCGUCAACGCCGUCAACAAGGCGUGCUCCUUCUCCACCGGCAGGUGGAGGGAGGCCAGUGGGCGUCACGAGGCCUGCUCCUGCUGCGACACACUCUGCACAGGACGUCCCACAGCAGCUGGUGAGUGGCAGCAGGAAAUCAGCACUGGACCAAUCAGAGUGCAGGAGCGGCCGCUGGGCUGAGGCGUCCCGUCAGCUGCAUCAAAAGCGUUGAGCUGCAGCCUCGUUCGUCUGUUCUGCCCCGUCUGAGCCGCCAUGACACCGCUCACCUGACGGCACACACACACACACACACACACACACACACACACACACUCAUGCUGGAAAACACAACUUUAUCAUUUAAAAAAGAUUUUAAAAAUCUGUCUGUCCCCGGAACUCUGAGGCGUUCAGGUGUCGCUCAGGUGAUGUGGCUGCACUCGGUUCAUCCACACGCUGCCUCCUGGACCCCGCCUUCACCUCCGAGGCCCACCUGAGGAACCUCCGAGGCCCACCUGAGGAACCUCCGAGGCCCACCUGAGGAACCUCCGAGGCCCACCUGAGGAACCCCCGAGGCCCACCUGAGGAACCCCCGAGGCCCACCUGAGGAACCUCCGAGGCCCACCUGAGGAACCUCCGAGGCCCACCUGAGGAACCUCCGAGGCCCACCUGAGGAACCUCCACACCGUCCACAUGUUCUGUGCAGAACCCCGGAGGCAGGCGGCUCAUGAGUGUAAUGUGAUGUGAUGUGACGUGAUGUUGGACUGAUGGUUCCUCCACACUGAAAAAUAAAGGUGCUAAGUGGAA